GCACCAUCACACACACUCACAUCCGCCUCCACCUUAUAAACACAGCGAGGCUUUCUGCAGUUUAAACGGAGCGGAAGGUUAAAGCAGACCCAGAGUCAGCCCGGACCUUAGAGUUCAUCUCAGGACAAUCCGUAGUUAAAGCUACAGACUCUACAGCUCGCUGAAAUGGACGAGAUCCAAGUAGUUGAGUCCAAACCCCUGCUGGUGGACAGGGAACUACCGGGCCUGAGAGAAGCUGUGCAGCAGCUUGUUGUCAAGGAGCACGAUGUUGAGACUCCUCAUGGAAGAAUUCGCUGCACCAUGAAGGGGACUCCCAAAGGAGACCGACCAGUCAUCCUCACCUUCCAUGACAUUGGACUGAACCACAAAACCUGCUGGGACACGCUCUUCAACCAUGAAGACAUGGCAGAAAUCAUGCAGCACUUUGCCGUUUGUCACGUCGACGCCCCGGGGCAGCAUGAAGGAGCCAACACCUUCUCCACCGGAUACGAGUACCCUUCCAUGGACCAGCUGGCUGAGACGUUCCCUCAGGUGCUGAAGCACUUUGGGCUGAAGAGCGUCAUCGCAAUGGGCAUUGGAGCCGGAGCCUACGUCCUGACCAGAUUCGCCCUGGACUACCCAAACAUGGUGGAGGGUCUGAUGCUCAUCAACAUCAACCCAUGUGCUGAAGGAUGGAUGGACUGGGCUGCACACAAGAUCAGCGGCUGGGCUCACGCCAUGCCAGACAUGAUCAUCACCCACCUCUUUGGAAAGACGGAGAUCAGCCACAACCAAGACCUAAUCGCCACGUACCGCCACCACAUCAUACACGACAUGAACCAGUUUAACCUGCAACUCUUCGUCAAGUCUUAUGAAAGCCGAAGGGAUCUGGAAAUUGAGAGGCCUGUCCCUGGAAUCAAUGCCAGAACUCUCAAGUGCCCUUCUCUGUUGGUGGUCGGUGACAGUUCUCCUGCUGUGGACGCUGUGGUUGAAUGUAACACCAAACUGGACCCAACAAAAACCACCCUGCUUAAGAUGGCUGAUUGUGGUGGCAUGCCCCAAGUUGACCAGCCUGGCAAACUGACAGAGGCUUUCAAGUACUUCAUUCAAGGCAUGGGAUACAUGCCUUCUGCCAGCAUGACCCGCCUGGCCCGCUCCCGCACCGCCUCCGGCUCCAGCGUCACCUCCGACGGCAACCGCUCGCGCUCCCACACCACCGAGGGGAACCGCUCGCGCUCGCACACCAACGAGGGCAGCCGCAGCCGCAGCCACACGGACGGAGCGGCCAACAACAUGGACCAGUCCGUGCCCAAGUCCACCGAAGUCUCCUGCUAAGCUGCCACUGCAGACGCACAAACCUCUCCAAGGUCCUCCAGUUUGCGCUGCGCUGCCUCCUAACUGUGCACAAGUACUUCCAGACUCACCUGAUGCAGUUGCAAAAUGUUAAGACGCACAAAGGACUCUCGUCUGUAGACGUUUUAUUGCAGCUGAGAGACCCAAAUUUGAACGUUUAUAAAUUAAAUAGGAGGUUGAGGUCGUUCAGGGACUCGAACAUAAAACGUCUGGACUGUCGGGUAUGAGUGCAGUUAGAGGCAGCGCAGCGUUUAGGAACAUCAGAGAAAGCUGUGGCUUAAAAAAAUCCAUUUCAGCAUUCCUUCAUUUUUGUUUUUAUCCACUUUUACCACAAUCACAGUUUUCUCAAACAUUAACUGAUCAGUUACUCACAUCUUUCUCAAGACUGAAACUUAUUUUUGUGUGCGUAGCAGCAGAUUAGUAGAUGUGGGCGGAGAAUGUGGAGGCGUUUGAAUGAUUAUGGGAGGGCUGUCGUCUCAUUUUAUGGGUAACUUUAUAAAUUAAGGGAAAAAGUUCAAGAAUGUCCUGUAAAUAUGCUAAUUCUUGCCGGUCUGCGUUAUCUUUGGGGUGUUGGGAUUAUUUUAUUUUUUUUUUCCUCCAGAAGAUUCUGGUUUAAUUUUUACUUUACAUGCGACCUACGACCUAAACUGUGUUUGGAACAAGAAUUUUUUUAUUUAGAACAUGCGACUGAGAAUUUGCUGUGUAACGAAUCAAAAUACAAAAUCAGACAAACUUUUCCAUCACGUUUUAUUGCUUCAUUUUUUUCUUCCUCUCUCCUAUUUGUAGAUGAUUUCUAUGCAUUCAAGAACAAAAACAAAAGUGCCAUGGCAUUGUUCACUCGAGCUGUGAUGCUCCUUCGUGUUUGUGGAUUUGUGGCUGAGUAAAAAGGAUAAAAAAAAAAAGGUCCAAACAUUAUUACGAGGAUAGUCAUAGAGCCUAACCUGUAUUUUACUUGUACUACAGCAACAUUUUACUUUACAAACACAUAAACACAGCUUUGUAAAGAUGCACAAACCAUCUAUUGCUGUAGAGAAGCAUUAAAAUCAUAACGGUUUGUAUUUAUUAAAAAAUGACAAUAAAAACUUGUAACACA